GAAAUUAACAAAAACAUAAACAAACCGUACGAUAACAAGCUUUCGCGAGCUGACUCAUCGAACCAGCAAAAUGUUAGAACAAUUUUGAUCAGAAAUCAAAAUCAGAUAGAACAUCGUUAGGAAGAACUUCAUAUAUAGAACACGUAAAAGUAAUUAGUUGUGAAAUGUCGGUUGAGUCUGCUUGUCGUUUGAUUUUAUCCCGGGCUCUUGAUGCUGACGAAGAUGGUCAUAGAGAAUUGGCCAUCGAGUUGUAUGGAAAAGCAGUAGAAACAAUUCUUUCUAUCGAGGAUCGUGAAAAACGCGAAAAGCUCAAUAGAUUUGCUAAACAAGCACUUGAACGGGCUGAAGAACUGAAAGGCAUCAAGCACGUCCCCUCAAUUGCCCCUGGUACGACUACGGCUCAUCCGGUACGAAGUAGCACUACCGUUGUCAGUCCUGUGCACAGUCCAAGACUAGAGGUAAGCGGAUCUCGAAAUGCAUACACCAGUGAGGAGAAAAAAGUACUCGAACACACGUCUCGUAUUAAUUCCAAGAUUUAUGUUCCAUUUAUGGAUAUCGAUUUGAUGGAAAAGUUCAUAUUCCCUAUUCCAUUUUCCGAUAAAGAUGGAAUUCUGGAAUUAGCACCGAAACAGAAGCGGGAUUUUGUUCAGUGGAUACGCGUUGGAGAUCUUUGCGAAAGACCACAGUUAAUUACUGGCGACCACGCGGAUUUUUAUAGUAUCCGGCAGACAGUGGUUUCAGAUUGUAGUUUUGUGGCAUCACUCGCAGUUGCAUCUUUGUACGAAAAAAAAUUCAAUCGUAGGAUUUUAACGUCGAUUAUUUACCCGAGAAAUAGUCGUGAUGAACCAAUUUAUAACCCUAGUGGAAAGUAUUCGGUUCGGAUGCAUGUUAAUGGAAUUCCAAGAAAGGUAGUAAUUGAUGAUUAUUUGCCACUGGGAAAAUUUAAUCAGUUGCUGUGCUCUUAUUCGAGCAACAAAAACGAGUUCUGGGUGUCACUGCUAGAGAAGGCUUAUAUGAAACUGAUGGGAGGAUAUGAUUUUCCAGGUUCCAAUAGCAACAUUGAUUUGCAUGCGUUGACAGGUUGGAUACCGGAGCGAGUAUCGAUCCGUCCGAACGAAGCCGAUUUUAACGCAGAUGCAGUGUUCAGUCGUCUUAAGGAAGGGCUUACUGCUGGUCGGUGUCUUGUAACUGUUGCAACUGGCGAUCUAUCUGAUGCUGAAGCCGAGCGCACGGGACUCGUUUCCACUCACGCCUAUGCAGUGCUCAGCAUGCGUGAGAUCGAUGGAGUAAAGUUGUUUCAGUUAAAAAAUCCUUGGUCACAUCUACGUUGGCGCGGAAAUUAUUCUGAGCUUGAUACUGUCCAUUGGACUCGAGAAUUGCAGGAAUUGUUAGACUAUGACCCAACACUGGCAGCAAACUAUGAUAACGGAGUGUUUUGGAUUGACUAUAACUCCAUUCUGAACUUUUUCGACGUAUUAUAUUUAAAUUGGGAUCCGGCUCUGUUCCAUUAUACUUACUGCAUACAUCAAUCGUGGAACGCGGGUGUUGGUCCAAUGAAAGAUGCUUAUAAUGUUGGUGACAAUCCUCAGUUCAGUUUGACUGUGCCAGCGGGAAAAGGCUCUGUUUGGAUUUUACUGACUCGACACAUUACUACAAUUGAAGAUUUUCGAGAAAAUCGAGAAUAUAUAACAGUAUUGGUAUAUAAAAACAAUGGUAAAAGAGUCUAUUAUCCUUCGGAUCCUCCCCCUUACAUUGAUGGCGUACGGAUUAAUAGUCCGCACUACUUGUGUAAAAUUCGACUAGAUCCUAGUUCAGUUCGGAAGUAUACACUUGUGAUAUCGCAGUAUGAAAAAACAGCUACUAUUUAUUACACAUUGCGUGCAUAUUGCCGAGAUAAAUUCGAUUUAAGAAAGAUCGACAGUCAAUUUCAAACAGUGGAGAACAUCAAUGGCGAAUGGAAGGGCCGUUCGGCGGGAGGCUGUCCAAAUCAUCCACUCACGUAUAAAAACAAUCCUCUGUAUCGACUGCAUAUAGGUCCGAAAAACAGCAUUCAAUUAGUAGUUGAACUCCGUGGUCCAAAGGUGUACCAGGUAGGGCUAGAACUGACAGUCGUUUCACUUGAGGAUUCGGAGGUGACCGCACCGUUUAUAUCGCAGAGCACCGGAAGCUAUCGGUCUGGUUUCUGUGUACUGGAUCUGGAAACUAUUCCCGCUGGUGUAUAUCAGUUGCGUCCGUCCACGUAUUUACCUGAUCAGGAAUCGCCAUUCUUUCUCAAACUUAAAUGUACGACGAAUUUAGUUGUGGAAAAAUUGAAUUGAUUAGGCGUGAUAUAUUAAUUUACAAAGAGUGUAUAAAGUCAACUGUUAUUCGUUUGUACGAUUCUUGUUUAAAAGCUGUUUUUACAAUACUCAAUCCAUGUUUUUUGGCAUUAAAACAGAAAUCUAUGUUUUUUCGGCAUUUUCAAGAAAUAUAAGAAUCUCCUAUCUUCAUCAAAUAUAUAUUAUUUUUCCGCUCCACCAGCAAUGGCUACGUGGUGUUUUGCACAUUCGACAAGAGACUUUAAAUGACAAGUGUUCCACCGAGUUUCAGUAAAAGUUAACACACUGUUCGAAAUAUCGGCAAACGGAUUUACUGGUUUCGGUAUAUUUGUUGUUUACUGGCAAGCUCAGCAUAAUACUUUUCCAAACUUCGGUAAAAGAACGCGCUUUACCGAGAUAUCAGAAUAUUACAUUAACGAAUUUCGGAAAAGGGCAUGUGGAUUACUGAACAAUCAGCAAAAUGUCGUGUUGCCGAUCUACUUCGACAUUUUAAAAUGUUGAGCUCGAGAAUCGGUUUAGCUAUUACAGGUGGAGCGGGAAAAUAAUAUAUAUUUGAUGAAGGU